AUGGACGUGCUGCACCCGCAGCCGCAGGUCCUGCACGUAGCCGUGGCCGGGCACGCGCUGGCCGUGGUGGAGCGCGACAGCACGAGCGACCCGGCCACCGGCCGCGUCCUCACGGGCUCCUGGCUGUGGGACUCGUCCCUGGUCCUGGCCGCCCACCUCGCCGCCGACACCCGCGCCAGGCGCCGCCUCCUUGGCGCCACCGUCGUGGAGCUCGGCGCGGGAAGCACGGGGCUCCCGGGCGUCGCGGCCGUGGCCUGCCUCGGCGCCGCGCGCUGCGUGCUCACGGACGUGGCCGCGCUGCUGCCGGGCCUCAGGGCCAACGCGGACGCCAACGGGCUCAGCGCCGCGCGGGCCGACGUGCGCGAGCUCAGGUGGGGAGAUCGCCUCCAGCUCGAGGACGAGGAGAGGGUGGGCGUCGUGCUCUUGUCCGACGUGUUCUAUGACCCCGAGGACAUGCCGGCGAUGGCAGCCACGCUGCGGGGGAUGUGGUGGACGGACGAGGACGAGGACGAGGAGGGCGGCAGCGGCGGCACCGUGGGGUGGGCGGCGAGCGAGGUGCGGGACAGCGUGCUGGACUGCAUGGACGUGCUGCGGGAGCAUGGCUUUGAGGUGGCCGAGGUCGACAGGGUCACCCGGCCGCUGCUGCGCGAUCCCGGACAGACUGCUGCCUUCGCCGUCUAUCGUGUCUCGCUCCGACAAGGCAAUUUUCUCAAUAAUGAGAGGGGAGCUGACUUUGGUUGCUCGCCAAGCUGCUAG